GUCUGAGGACUUUGAGGUGACUGUAAUGUUAUAAAAAAAGUGCUUAAAAAACUUGUUCUCUUAGGAACAUUCGUCAACGUUCGAUAUUUCAGUUGAUUUAGGACACUUAAAGAAACCAGUGUAUGAUUCAACUACAAAACAUAAAAAUGCAUAUUUUUACAAAUGCUUUUAUCUUCAUAGUGUUAGGUAUUUCCUGCAUUAUAGCUACAAAGUCUCCAACAUUUAGCAAAACUUAUACAGUAAAAGGAACUCUUUAUAUCCCAUAUGCCGAAAUACGUGAACCAUUUUAUGCAUGGUAUGAUGGUACAAGUGGAUCUAGUAGAAUUGAUUACUAUGGAGGAAUGGUGAAGACUUUCCAAUUAUCACAUAAAGGAUCUUAUGGACAAAGUAUAAAAAUUGCUCCAGUGACCACAGAAACUGCUGUGAAUACAGAAACAUGUCUUCAAGUAAAUGGUACUAAUACAUUGAAGAUUCAUCCUCAGGAAAUCAUUCCAGACACAACUGGAAUGGAGUGUAUUGGAGAAGAAAUGCUUAAUGGACUGCCAUGUGAAAAAUGGAGACUCGAACAGCAAAUUGGUGAAAAAUUGAACAAAUAUACUCUUUGGAUAAGAUAUAAGAAAUCCCCAAAAAUACCUAAUUUUAAAGAACCAAUCCCUAUAAGGUAUGAGAUGAGAGGAUUUAAUAGUCUCUUGGGAUCUCACUAUGAUCAUUACUACUUGGAUUAUGAUUGGUACUCCUCUGAGAUACCUAGUUCAGAAGUAUUUGACAUUGCAACAAAUAUGACAUGCAUUGGUUUCCCUGGACCUGGAGAUAAGCACAUUUACACAUUCAAUCCAAUGCGUGAAUUCGUACACAAUUAUGAUGCGCACGUAAACGAAGCGUUUGAAAAUUUCAAAAAUACCCACAACAAGGAAUAUGCAGAUGAAACAGAUCAUGUGAUGCGCAAAGAAGUAUUCAGGCAAAACUUAAGAUAUAUCCAUUCAAUGAAUCGAGCCAAUAAGGGUUACCAAUUAAAUGUUAACCAUUUGGUAGAUCGCACUGAUUUAGAAUUAAAGGCUUUACGCGGCAAGCAAUAUACUGGAGGUAAUAAUGGAGGACAACCUUUCCCUUAUAAUGCUGAGAAGGAAGUGACCACAGUCCCAGACAUGUUAGAUUGGAGGCUAUAUGGUGCUGUUACUCCCGUCAAAGAUCAAUCUGUCUGUGGUUCCUGUUGGAGUUUUGGUACGACUGGUGCCGUCGAAGGCGCGUAUUACAUGAAGUAUGGUCACUUAGUGCGUUUAUCUCAACAGGCACUUAUUGAUUGCUCAUGGGGUUUCGGAAACAAUGGUUGCGAUGGUGGUGAAGAUUUCCGAUCCUAUCAGUGGAUAAUAAAGCAUGGAGGUCUGCCCACAGAAGAUGAUUAUGGUGGUUACCUUGGUCAAGAUGGUUAUUGUCAUGUAAAUAACAUUACAAGAACGGCCAAAAUUACUGGCUAUGUGAAUGUUACACCAAAUGAUAUUAAUGCAAUGAAGGUUGCUAUGGCGAAACAUGGCCCAAUUUCAGUUGCGAUUGAUGCGUCCCACAAAACAUUUUCGUUCUACUCUAAUGGUGUAUACUAUGAUUCAGCUUGUGGAAACACGGAAAAGUCAUUGGAUCACGCAGUUUUAGCUGUCGGUUAUGGUAGCUUGAAUGGAAAAGACUACUGGUUGAUCAAAAAUUCAUGGUCGAACUACUGGGGCAACGACGGCUACAUCCUUAUGUCUCAAGAGAAAAAUAACUGUGGUGUAUUAACAGCUCCAACAUAUGUUACUAUGUAAGAGAAAAAUCAUAUU